AUGCUUGAAAAUUUUGAUGAUGACAAUGAAAUUUCUAUUGAAGGUUUUGAAGAUGCUAAUAAUUAUGAAAAUUAUAUACGAAAUUGGCUUCUUUCAUGGGUCAGACCUAAAAGUAAUCGAACCUUAGAAGUGCUGAAAGAUGAUCCCAAUAUUUGGCAAAUGUCUGGAAGAAUUCAAUCUGAAUCUUUUGCUGAGCUUGACAAAAUUCAAAAACAAUACGAAUUAAAAAAAAAAGAAGUUGAAGAGAUUUAUGAUGAAGGUCGUCGUCAGAUUCUUAAAAAUUGUGAUGUAAUCGGAAUGACGACCAAUGGAGCAGCAAAAUUUCAAACUUUAAUUCGUUCUAUUGGUCCACGUAUAAUUAUUUGUGAAGAAGCGGGUGAGGUUUUGGAGGCACAUAUUUUAAGUGCACUUACACCAGCGACACAGCACAUGAUCCUUAUUGGUGAUCAUAAUCAG